AUGCUGACGGGCGCCUAUCGUGAGUGUCCGCUAGGAAUAGACAUCGUCUACCAGCUAGGCGGGUAUCAGCUCAAGGCAUGGCGCUUGCAAGCACGCUCAAAUGUCUCCCAGACCAGCACUCAUAGCCUGCAGUUCCCAGAUGACGGUACAGUUAUAAAGAAGCUUAAUGCGCGAUCUCUGGGACAGUAUGUAUAUAAAUCUGAGUUUUCGGUCUCGUAGAGUAGGCCAUCGUCGGAGACCGUGAGAAUGCUCGUCGACUGAGCAGUUUUGUAGUCCAACAAUGAUGGGGGGGAAAGGAGCACAGGGAGGAGGUGGUGUUCGCGAUGAGGCUGAGUCCACGGAGCGCAUGAUAGCAGGGGGGGGGCAUAUCAACGUAUCUGUUGAUGGAGUUGCUGUCAGACACCCAGGCCUGCAGCAGUACUCGCCCUAUAUUUUUGCCGGACCGUGCCGUUAUGCGCGUGCUCGCAAAGUUGAAUUCGUGGCCUUACUCCAGGGUGUGAGUGGCGACCUCAGACAACGGGUCUCCUCUCAGGACUGCCUGUUAAUGUUCCGUUAUUCGCGAGCUAAGCUGUCGUCCGGUCUGUCCUGUGUAAUGGCAAGGGUAGUCCCGACAUAGGAUCUAAUAAACGACACCAGGUUGUAUUACUACAUCUGGUCGGUCUUUCGCUCGCAUGAAUUUCUUGCGUAUGGUCGCUGUCGGACUGUGAACGAUGCUCGCGCCGAGCUCUCCAGCGGUACGUUCCGUCGUUUCGGACACAUUAUAUAUGGAAGAGGGUGCCACAGUGUUGGCGGUUUUCUUCCGUUUGUUCGUCGUGGGUGUGUGCGGAGGCAGCGACUGACGAAGCAGUUUGAGUAUCCUUUCCUCACCACUUGGUCCCGAAGAUGCGGCAUUUCUCGUACUCGUCCCUCCGGUUCACUGGAAUGCGUUUUUACUCUUUGGAGGAGUGCCCUAACAGAAAUGCUUUCAUGCGGCAUUGGGUGGUUGUUAUAGUAAUUGAUAAUUCCUUUUGUAUCAGUCUCUUUUCUAUACACCGUGGUGCUGACUUCGCCAGUGGUUGUGCGUGUGACGAUAGCGUCAAAGAAAGGCCACUAUUCGACAUGCUCUUCUUCCCUUAUGCACUAAAUUUUGGCGGAGCUGUCAUUAAGCAGGUCUUGAAAGUCUGCUCUUCUUAAUUAUAACAAACGUGUCCUCUGCAUACGGACUCCAAAAAGCAAGUUCAUUGUGUUCGAAGACGACUUUUUCUAGCUCCUGAAAGAAUAGUUUCGCAAUCUGGCUGGAUAUCGACGAACCCAUCGGUAUUCCUUUGAUCUGCCCGUUUGUUCUGCCAUUGAGAGUGAAAAAAGUUUGUUGGCAGAAAGUAAAGAGUAGCAGUAAACAGUACAUUUAAUACAACUACAGAAGGGGUCACUCAAGGAAGCAUAGACUUUUUCACCUCUGUCUGCGCCAAAUUAUAAAUGGCCAUCAACGCAGAAAAGACAGCGGUUUUACAUCAGCCCGCGCUCGACUCGCCACUUCAGACAAACAUAAAUACGUGGGCAGCACAGUCCCAUGAAAUAUUAGGUCCGAAUAUGAAGUGGUCCAAGGGAUCUCAAAGGUCAAUCACUCAUUUAGUCGGUUUCAGAUCUCAUUGCGGGAUCUCCGAGGGCUUCACCUAGACGUCAAACUCAAGAUGUACGGAGCGGUAAUCUUGAAGACAUUACGCUAUGGGAGCGGAGACAUGGACCGUUUACUCUAGCCAAGUCAAUAAGUUCAGCUAUUCCCACCUCAGCAGUCUCCGAAGAAUAUUAUUAUUGGGGUGACGGAACAAGAUAUCAGAAAUGGAAAUCCUGGGUCGGACAGGAAUCAUCAGCAUCUACGCCAUGCUGAAACAGUUACAACUACGGUGUAGCAACCAUCUCGCAAGGAUGAAUCAGGAGCGCCUGUCAAGUCAAUUCUUCUACGGCAAUGCCGUUGCCUGUGCUUGAGGACAAGGAGGUUAAAAGGACGCCACAAGGACACUCUAUGGACCUGCCUCAAAGAUAUUUAAAGCAACCCCGACACACGAAUGAUCUCGACCAGGAUUGACUGUCCUGAAGAAGGGCAGUAAAGAAUGGGGGCAGCAGCGUAUGAAGCAAACACGUUGUCACCGCGUCUUAAAUGCCGCGGACUUCCAAACCCAAUGUUCCGCCAAUUCCAAAGAGUGUCCGCUGUGAGUCUAUCAGUUUCGUCUGACAUCUGCGGACCUAGACCAACAACAACACAAUAACCCCCUUACUGCCUCCGCAAACGCCCCCAUUGUCACCUCUGUACCAAACCCUAGUGGACCAUGACAACAGUGAUCCCACUCCUCAUGUACUGUUACUGCUGCCAAUGUCACCCACAAUCUGCAUCAUCGUCACCACAAACCCGCGAUGCCAUUAACGAUGAAUAUCGCCCCUUGCAUUUCUUCCAGAACUAAGAACACCCCUGACUUCCCCCGAACUAUCACCGUCAUCAGCAAUGCGGACUCGAUUUCGAACUGUCUUCGGCGUGACCGCAUUAUCGCAUCGCGCAUCGACCCUGUGAGUCACUUACGAAUCCAUCGUGUUGAAACCCGCGAACCAUUGGCUGGGACCCGGCUCCACUGCCUACACUAACAGCACACAUUUAUUCACUGCAUGGGCCUAUUCGACCAUAUACUCAUCUAUUACACAGGAAUUCACCGUAAUGUCUACUUGUCAAACGUGGACUGCACAUCCGACAACCCCCUCAUCUUCAGGGCUAGAGAGAGAGCCCUUAAGGCACAACGGAACCAGUGAGCUCCGUCAGAACGAUCCGUGACAAAUUUCUCGCCACCUGGUACUAACAUCACAAAUACCAAAAUAUACUACUCACAUGCCCACUGCGCACUGGCCUGCUCGGUCACUUUGGAAUCUCUGACACCGAGAUUGGCCAAUCAGAGGCAGGAACAUCAACAUUCCUCCGUCGCCCUCCCUGAUCGCGCACCCUCAGUCAUCGCAGAGUCAGUCAGUCAUAUGUGUCGCCACACAAAUAUCCGGUAAACCAUCACAAACUACACCCUAUAGUUGUACGUCUCCUCACCAACCCAUAAACCACACACGAGCCUGGGCCCACGUCACGCAAGACAUUUCAUAAAAAGGGCAUCUUUAACGUAAAUUAGAGACCUCGUCUUUGGCCCUUUCUUCAUGUUGAUUCCACGGUAUUCAGACACAUGCAAUAUCCGAGUAGUGCACUCCCUCUGUGAAAACAUGAUGUGAUGCAUAGGAGGCCGGCUCAUGUGUAACACGCAUAGACGUAUUGCAUUGGCUCUGUCAUCAAAUGGUAAAAGUGGUGUCCCCUUUUAAAUGGUGACAAUACUAUCACAAAGCUUGUACAUUUUGAGGUCUUUUAAUCAACACAAACUAUCCCCUGAGUAAGUAACUCCGAUCAUAGACCAUAUCCUUGCCGACAAUUCGAACGAGUUAAAUAAGCUGACAAACUUCUGCUAUCUUAGAAAGAACGUCCAAACGGGUUCACAAAAUUUUUGACGAUGUUUGGUCCUACAACCCUUCUUGAUUGAUACCAUAUGGUGAGCUUACUAAAACAAUAUUAGUUAACAUGCCUAACUUAGCCACUCGUUGGAUUAGGAAGUGGAAAGGGAACUCUAACAGAGCUCGAAGCACGCGCAGGGAAGCGAGUGAAGGUGGUAAGUGCACACUAUCUCCCAGUCGCAGCCACCUGCUGGAUUAGGAGGGCACAUUCACGACUGGAAGGCCAUGGAGGGAGCCGCGUGGGAAUUCGCUGUGCAUGGCCACUGUGGUGGAGUCGACGGAGUUCCGCACCAUCUAAACAACUCCAUUAGAAAGUCUAUUUGGCCGCUAGCCGGAUUGAGAGGAAAGAUCGCAUUUCCAAGCCAGGCAUUAUACGUUGAUGCUGUCGACGUACUUACUUGUUAUCAGUAGGUACACUUACCUUGUCUAGGGAACUUGUUAUCCGUAGGUCUGCUUCUACUGAAUUAGGAAGGCGCCCGUUUCGGUCAGGCUGUUGGGUUUAGUGAGGUUUAGGGUUAGGAGUAUGUUGAGUUUUAGGAUUGGGGUUUGCGUUUUAGGAUCAGGUUUCAGUAUUAGGUUUAGGGUUAAGAUUUAGGUUUACGCUCAGGGUUUGGCUUUAGGGAUGGCGUUCGUCUUUAGGGUUAAUGUUAGGGAUUUCUGGGUUAGGAUUAGAACACUCGGCUUCGGUUUUAGGGUAAAGGUUGGGAUUGGGGUCCGGUUUACGGUUUUCGAUUAUCGGGUUGGGGUUAGGACUUCCGGGUAAGGUUUCCUGGUUAGGGUUGGAUUUUACGAAUAACUUUCAGUAUUACGGUUGCCAAUAUGUUUUAGAGUAAGGGCUAUGGUUAUGAAUAAGAUUCCGAUUAGGGUUAGGAUUAGCGUUAAGGUUUCUGUUAGGAUCAGGGAUAAGUGUAAGGUUAGGUUUAGGUUUAAGGUUAAGCUUAAGGCUAGGGUUAGGAUUGGGCAAGUUUUGGUUUUUAGGAUUUCGGUUUCGGUUUGGUUUAAGGGCUUAGAGUUAAGUUUUACGGCCACGGUCAGGGUUGGAUUUUAGGGUUAAGAUUAGGGUUAGGUCUCCGUAUUAACUUUAUGGUUUGGGGUUAGGCUUAGGUCUUUAGGGUUAGGUUUCAGGUUUAAGGUUGUGGUUUGGGGUCGGUUUUAAUGUUAAGAUUAGGGCUAGGCUUUAGCAUCACGGUUAGGUUAACGGGUUAAGGUUAGGGUUAGUGUUACGUUUUAGGACUCCAUUUACUGUUGGGUUGUGAUGCUUAGGUUUAGGUUUUAGGGUUAAGGUGAGGGUUAUAGUUCAUGGUAAAGUUUAGGCUUAGAGAUAGGUUUACAGUCACGGUGAGGGUUAGGCUUUUUGUUGAAGGUUAGAGUUAGGUUUUCGUAGCAUGAUUUGGGUUUGGGGUUGAUGUUAGGGCUUUGGGGUUAUGCUUUAGGGUUAAGGUUACCGUUAUGUAUUAGGGUUACAGUUAAGGUUAGGUGUAGGUUUUAUAGUUAAGGUUAGGGUUAGGGUUCAUUGUUGAGGUUAGAGUAAGGGCCAAGGUAAGAGUUAGGGUUUUUCGGAUUAGUCUUAGAGCCUCAGAUCUAGGUUUUGGGUAUGAGGUAUGAAGGCUGUGCUGUUUUCCGCGGGAUUUUUUGUAUUUCCUUCAUUAUUGCAUCCGUUUAACAUUUCCAAACCUUUUCUCCGGAAACUUUUCUUUUUACCAAAAACUCUAUCAUUCUUUAACCAGCUCUUCUAUUUAGCCCACCCGCAUGAACCCUCUCCCCAACCUUUCCCGUAAGACAGGAACCUCACCGUCAGCUUCCCCAUUGCGGACUACGAACUGCCAUCUAACCGAUUGAGAUAAUAAAGAGGGCGCAAACAGGGCUCGAAGCAGGUACAGAGAGAGCUGAUAUCUGAAGUAACCGAGGCUGGCCUCUAAGCACUCCUCCCCCGUGCCGCAGUCACUCGCUGGAUUAAAAUGGUUGCAAAGACGCAAAAAGCGAUCUUUGUAAAGUCAGCGUAUUCGCAUCUACCCAAUUUUUUUAGAACGCUAACCAUAUGAUAUCUUUCAGGGAGGCUUACAGAACCAAACUUCGUUCUAUCAUCUACUGAGACCGCUAGCAGCGUCUGUUAUUUGCCUGGUUCGGACAACUGAAUAGUCACAGUGAGGGAAGAGGGAGUGAAUCUCACUCACUAUCACAUGCGUUUGAAUUUUUCAUCAGGCGCAAAAUUGCCUGGUCUGAGAGUUGUCUAACUAUCGACAAAAGUUAGAUCUCGUAAUCAACCUUAUGUGUUUGUGUCAAAUGGCCGACUGGUGGACUAUCAGUCUGUAUGUUUGGAGAAAAUGACAGUGGCCCUGAAAACUCCAUUUGAUCGGUAAAGAUGUGAAGGAAAAAAGUUAAAUUGCAAAAAUGUUGCAUGCAAGUUUAGUUUGCAUAAGGCUUUAAUCUAGUUGUAGGACGUAAAUUAGAAAAUGUGUGGCAUUUGCGAAAUAACUGCGAAAAUAUCGUUGACUUCAGUUGGACUGUGUACGUUUCCAUUUAGGGGAUGGUUAAUGUACACACAAGGAUCUGAUGGUAGGGGACGCUCACCGUCCAUUCCAGUCCCUCUUGUCUUUGUCGAUAGUAACAUACUGCUUAAAACAUGAUCUAUUGAAUUCAUGUUAGUAGUAUGUUGAUAGCCAUUUCAGUAAUCAUAUAGAUCAGGCUUGGGCAGUUCGGGUUACCCUUUAGCAGGUGAUUUUCCAGACGUCGCUUGUGCACACCCACGGUAGGGGAAUUAACGCCAUACGUCGGCAAAUAAUUCCAUUGGCGAAUGAACCUCUGAGAUAAAAAAAAUGUAUGAACGUUGAUUGGUGUGGCACAGUUCCUUUCUCAGGUGGUCAUCGUGUCCGUUGAGUUAGUUUUUGAUGACAUUUUAAAGAUCUUCCCUGCCAACAUCCAGAUAAAGUCUUCUUAUCAACUGAAACUUUGUCCUGAGUGUGUAGUUAUUUUUCGCCUUGAUGAUACUAUAUGAAUUUCCACACAAUCUUGCUUUGAAUUUUAUGCAACAGUUCUCCCUCCAUGCAUGCAUAUCCUCUAUGUCCACUUGUAAUAUCUGGGCGUUCUUUAUUUUUUAUCACCCCCCACAGAUAACUAUCAUCCGCAAAGAGCACUAUGUCCAAUUUAUCUUCCCGUACUAGAUCGUUUACAUAGAUAAUGAAUGGGAACGUCCCAAGAACUGACUCUUUUUGGACGCCACUUUUAAUAGGCGCCCAUUGUGAGCAUUGGCCACUCGCAGAAACUUUUUUGUCUACUACCGUUUAGGGAGUCUUAAAUCUAGUUCAGGUGAUUUCCUUUUAUCUUUACGUUUGAAAACUUUUGAGCGAGGCGCUUAUGCGGAACGCAAUUAAAUGCCUUGCUGAAGCCAAAGUGAAUGACAUCUACUGGAUAUGCAUAAUCUAUGGCCUUUGAUCAAUGUUCAAGCCACGUUAGCAGGUUCGUGGCCCACGAAGGCCUGGUCAUCGUGCCAGCAGACAAGGGGCGCUCCACGGUUGUACUCGACAGGACAGAUUACCUUCAAAAAUCCAAGGGUUUACUGAAGGACUGUCAGUUCCCUGUCCCAUGUGCAACGAACCCUGUAAAAACGCUAACACGAGAAAUUAAUGUUACGUUGUUGGCCUUUGAGAACCCAGGUGCAAUAAAACCGACGGACAGACGCAUGGCGAAACCCCAAGAUAGGGCUUUGGCCCGAUUCUACGGCCUCCCGAAGGUGCACAAAGACGGCGCUCCUCUCCGACCCAUCGUGUCGCUCAAAGGUACUCCAACGUACGGACCGGCUAAGUAGCUGUACCGGCGUCUCAAGUUCCUGACCGCUAAGACAGACAUCACGGUCUCUUAGUCAGCACACUUCCUGGAGAAACUCAAAGGGGUAAGCCUCCAUCCAAGUGAGGUCAUGGUAUCUUUUGAUGUUACAUCCCUUUUUACUUCUAUUCCCCAGGACCUGGCGAUCGAGACAAUCGAGUUGCUACCACAAAGCAAAUACGAUGAAAUGGAGAAUCGUCUUGGACACGCCAAAUUCCUUCAGCUCCUGAAGUUCUGUCUCAGGACGUACUUCGCGUUCGACGGAACAAUCUACGAAGAGGUGAAGGGCACAGCAAUGGGUUCGCCGAUUUCGGCAUCCAUCGCCGAGGCGGUCCUGCAACAGUUAGAGUCGCUGGUCUUCUAA